AUGCCCACACCCACAAGACAUGCCCACACCCACAAGACAUGCCCACAGCCACAAGACAUGCCCACAGCCACAAGACAUGCCCACAGACACAAGACAUGCCCACAGACACAAGACAUGCCCACAGACACAAGACAUGCCCACAGCCACAAGACAUGCCCAAAGCCACAAGACAUGCCCACAGCCACAAGACAUGCCCACACCCACAAGACAUGCCCACAGACACAAGACAUGCCCACAGACACAAGUCAUGCCCACAGCCACAAGACAUGCCCACAGCCACAAGAAAUGCCCACAUCCACAAGACAUGCCCACAGCCACAAGACAUGCCCACAUCCACAAGACAUGCCCACAUCCACAAGACAUGCCCACAGACAUUGUAUGCCUCAAGGAUACAAUUCUGCUCACAAGAUGAGUGUUCACAGAGGAUCAUAUCGUCAUAUGAAAGAUGUUUAA